GUUUCCAGGUGACUUCUGUCUGGACUGGAAAGUGUCUGGUUAUCUCUGAAUUGCUGCUCAGCCAGUGUGUGAGGAUUCCCUCAGCUCUUGUGCUAAGUAUCACUAAAUCACUUAUUUGCUUUAUCUAAUUAUAUGUGUGGCCAGUCACUCUACAGAAGCUAAAAGAACCCUUCACAUUACAUUGGUACCAGAAGUUGGGUUCUGUGGAUUGAUUACUGGUUUUGUGUCUUGUUUACCUGCUUUGUGUAUUGUGUAUUUGCCAUUGUUGUUUAGUGAAACAAACAGUUUGAGAUAGUAUGAGUAUUGGUUGAAAAAGGUUGAAAGGGGCAGGAAAAAAUAUUAAGGAAAAUCUGGGUACUACUCAGUUGGGUAACAGUCUUAGGGCUGUUUGUAUCUGCUGCCCGUGAGUGUUCCAGAUAUAGAAGUGGCUAACCUAAAAUGUGCAGCCUUGAUAAGUCAAAGUAGGACAACAGAAAAAGAAAAGCAGAAGGUGCUGGUUAUGAUUUCAGGUGAAAAGCAGCAGGCUGAGCAGAUUGUAGAUUUAGAGCUGGAACUGCAGACAAUCAGGGAACUGCUUCAGGAUCUUAGAUCAUACAGUUAAUAUGCAGAACAGAUGAAAGAACAAAUAGCUACACAAUUUGAACAAUGUGUUAUAAAAACAGUUAAUAAAAAGAGAAGAAGAAGGAAUCAAAAACAAUCAGGAACAAUGAACAAGUCAAUAAUGAACUGAAACAGGAUAAAAAUGGAGAGAGAUGGCUCAAAUGGGUUUAAAAGGGGUUGUUUACCUUUAAAUUAACUUUUAAUAUGUUAUACAAAGAGAUAUUCUGCAACUGGUUUUUAUUUUUUAUUAUUUGUGUUUUUUUAUUUAUUUAACUUUUCAUUCAGCAGCUCUCCAGUUUGCAAUUUCAGCCGUCUGGUUGUUAGGGUCCAAAUUCCCCUAGCGACCAUGCAUUGAUUUAAAUGAAAGACUGGAAUAUGAAUAGGAGAGACCUGAAUAGAAAGAUGAGUAAUUCAAAGUAGCAGUAAAAUUAUGUUUGUAGACUUUCUGAGCAUUUGCUUUGAGAUGGGGUCAGUGACCCCCAUUUGAAAGCUGGUGAUAGUCAAAAGAUUCUCUCUCAAUUAAUUAAAAAACGAUAUAAAAAACAAAUAAAUAAUAAAGACUAGUUGAAAAGUUGCUAAGAAUUGGCCAUUCUAUAACAAACAAAGUUAACUUGAAGGUGAACAAUGCCUUUAAGGGUCUAGGACUUGGGAGAUAAUGGAAUUAUGUUGACUGACAGAGAAGCAGUGGAGUUAGGAAGUGUCUCUAUAAGAAAUGGGAAUUUCACACAUCAGGGACAUUUUCCUUACUGCACCUGAUUUGCAUAAACUACAGAUUUCCCCCUAUGAACUGAUAGAUCAGACCCCAUGGGUAUCUACAACUGAUGGAAAGACUGAGAGCAAUGGGAUGUAUGACUGGUAUAAUACUAUAUCUGAUAGAGGGGUGAGACAUGUAGAAACUGACUGGCGAAGCCCAGAUAUGACCCAUUUUACUCCAUUGGUUAAAAAGAAACUGCUCACGACAGCUCCGGAGCACUGGAAAGCCCCAGAUUUUGCUUUAGAAGCUAAAGAAGGAAGUAGCAUUGAUGAUGCAGCGGUUCUGCUGGGUCAGAUGGGAGAGAUGAACAUUGUGAGGGAGAACUGUUGGGAAGGCAGGAAUGAGUCAAACAUAUUAAAAUAACUCACAGAUAAAUGUUUUUAGAUUUGUUAGUCAUUAUUAUUGCAAAAUAUAUUAUUGAUGAUAAGCAAUACCUGUAUAUGGAUAAAGAGGAAUGACCACCAGAUAUCAUGGGUCUUAUACCUCUCCUGAUAGUCUUUCUUCUCUGCUGUGAUACAGUUUUUGACUUGUAGAAAGAUAAUUUCACAUUACAAGUGCAAAGCAGCAAAUGUGUUCUUAUACUCCUCUGCUAGGAGCACUUAUAUUUUCAUCUGUUUGAAAUAACUCAUGGGCUGAAUUUUGAGGAGAACAUCACAUUAUAUACUGUAGUGAAACAGAUAAGAUGCAUGAAGGCCAGUAACAUAUCUGGCAAACGUCACGUAUUGCCCAUUCAUAUCAGUGCUUUGGAGAUGUUUCAGUAUCACAAUAUCAGUGGAUCAAGGGGUGGAAUGUUGGGAAAAUGUGUGUUUCAUUGAUUACGAAUAGAGCAACACCAUAAAGAUGGGACUGAAGGCUCUUGCUAAUACAGGAUGCUUGAUUUUACCACAUAUAGUAUGCAGGUUGGAGUAUGUAUCCUGUUUUGCUAAUUAUAAAUAAAGCAAUUUUCAAUCACUCUACAGAAUCCUUCUCAAUACAAGGCAACACCUCGCCAACCUAUGUCCUUUGCAUAUUAGCAACAUAGGAGCAAAUGUUGUGUUUUCCCAGGACAGGUAGCAAGGGUGUGCCAUUAUACUGUUAACCUAUAAAUAUGUGUUAUGCAUCAUCUGACAUUUAUAUUCUGCCCUCAGGCAUCCAUAAAGCACUGGCAGCCAAGCAACAGCACAGGAUUCAGAGGAAGUUGUUGCACAGAAAGAAGAAGCUCUCUGAGCCUUUUGUGAAGAAGGAAGAGGCACCGAUAAAAACAUGGACGAUCAAGCAAAAGAAUUUUCAGGGGAAAUUGUUGUACAGGGAGAAAAAGCUGUUGAUCCAUCAGGGGAAGAAGAGAAAGAAAAGAAAGGAAAAAGAAACACCCUGAAUGAAAUCAUAGAAUCCCAUAAAGAUUCUAAGAUCACCCUUAGAGGCAUCCUGGAAAUUGGGCAGGAGAAUAUAAAUGAAGUUGCCCCCCAGACUGUGCAAGAUCUUCCCUGGGCUCUCCUAAGGAAACUGAUGGCACUAGACAGUACUGCAAGAACAAUUCAACUUGUGGACAUUUCUGCAAAUUCAGGGUCAGAUGCUGAUAGCACAGAAGACAAUACAUUUCCACAAAUGGUUUCAGAGAAAGAUUAUGAUAGUACAGACGAAGAUCUAUCUGAUAAUUUGGAUUUUUAUAGCAAAGAGAAUGAUUUUAAUUUCAUCAAUCCAUUAGAUAUUCUGUGUGUUCUCUUGCAUUGCUCAGAUAUGUUUUUACAGCAGAACAUUUUCUCAAAAAUGUCCAUGUGUCAGUUUGCUGUCCCACUGCUUCUCCCUGCUGGUGAUGGUGCAGAAUGUACCUUCAUGCUCUGGGCUAUGAGAGACAUUGUCAAGAGAUGGAGACCCCACACUAUGGCAGAGAGUAAGGGUUUUAUAGAAGAAAAUAUGAUUCAAAUUAAAAUGCCUUUUUUUUCCUUUGCAAGACUGGGGCAAAUCAAUUUAUCAAAAUCCAAAAUCCUCAAUCAAGUUCUCAGCCCAGUUCAGCAGAACCAGGACUUCUUUAUUCAUGAAAAUAUAAAAGGUGGAAAUAUUGAAAGAGAAAUCUCUGAUGGCCUAGUGGAAAUCUCCUGGUAUUUACCUGUUGGAAGAGAGAAUUCUGAUACUUUCCCAGAACCUAUUGCUGUUACUAAUUUGCGUGGAGACAUAGAGUCUAACUGGACCCAAUUCAGCUUCCUAACCCAGGUCUCAUCAGCAGUGUUUGUAUUUGCUGAGAGUAUUAAUGAGAGACAGUGUGAGCUAUUAACCAAGUGUAGUAAAUCCAACACCAGCUUCUAUUUCAUCAUUAGUGGGAGAGGUGUCGGUAAAGACACUAUAAAGUACCUGAAAAAGUUAUGUUCUUUGCUAGGCAUUGACAGAUCACAUAUACUUAAAAAAGACAAAAGAGAAAAUGAUGCAGACUUAGUCAACAAGUUACAAAGCAUCAUCAAGACAUUUUUUAAAAAAAAUAAAAGAGUAAAACUGGAAGAUUUCGCAAAAACAGCCACUGAACUUGGAAUCAAGGUGGAUGAAAAUUCCCAGGAAUGUAAGAAAGCCAAAAUAUAUGUAGAUGAAAUAACUAAAGAGAUAGAAGAUGUGGUACAAUACAAGAAACAAACAAUGAAAUUACAAGGAGAUCUAUGGAAACGAGUGUCCCAGAUAGAGAAAGAAUUGUGCAGAAUGAGAAAACAGGGCAAUCAAGGUACAGAAGAAUACAGAUCUCAGCUGAAACAGGCACUUGAAAAAUUACACAUGGAGCAGAACCAACAUGUUCUACCAGAUGCUAUGACAAAAUUUAUUUCUGCAAUCACACAUUUGUCUCAGUCAGAGAAACAUUUUUUCCUUAAAUGGCUAAAAUUUGUACUUGACUCAAUGGCAAGAAACAAACUAUCCAUGUUGAAAGCAAAAUACAAAGAAAAAUAUAAUGAUAAAGCCAAUAAUCAAGAGGAACUAGAACAGCUAGACCACCAGAUAUCUGACAGUUCUUUGGGAGUAGAACAUUUUCUGCGAGAGAUGGGACAAUUUUAUGAGGCAGAAUGUUCCAUGGUGAAUCAAGGAAAAAUCAAACCAGAUAAGAGUAAGUUCAGUAAUCUCCCAGGAAUUGCUGCUGAUUUACUACUGGAUGGGUUCCCAUUGGAGCUAAUAGAUGGAGAUGCAUCUAACAUACCUUUGACAUGGGUAUCUCACCUUCUGACUGAGCUGGAUAAUAAAACUGGAGGCAAAUGCAGAAUAAGAGUAAUCACAGUGUUGGGCGUACAAAGCACUGGAAAAUCCACCCUCCUCAACACCAUGUUUGGGUUGCAGUUUUCAGUGUCAAGUGGACGAUGCACACGAGGAUCAUUUUUAACACUAAUAAAAUUGAAAGAAAACUUUCAAAAGACCCUGGACUGUGAGUUUGUUUUAGCAAUUGACACUGAAGGUCUGAAGGCUCCAGAAUUGGCUUCUCUAGAGGACAGUUUUGAACAUGACAAUGAACUGGCAACUCUAGUGGUUGGGCUCAGUGACAUCACUAUAAUUAAUAUGGCCAUGGAGAAUACAGCAGAAAUGAAAGAUACACUGCAGAUUGUGAUCCAUUCAUUUCUCAGAAUGAAGCAUAUAGGGAAGAAACCCAACUGCCAGUUUGUGCAUCAGAAUGUGAGUGAUGUUUCUGCUGAUGAUAAUAACAUGAGAGACAGAAUUAAACUCCUGGAGCAGCUGGAUGAAAUGACCAGAAUAGCUGCCACCAUGGAAAAAAAGAGUGGAAUCAAAAGCUUUACUGAUAUCAUGGCCUAUAACACUGAGAGAGACAGUUGGUAUAUUCCUGGGCUUUGGUACGGUGUCCCACCCAUGGCUUCUGUAAACUCUGGCUACAGUGAGAAUGUGUAUGAACUAAAAAAAUAUUUGUUUCAAUUCAUGGAGAAUAAGGAAAGUCUUCACCCACCCCAGAAAAUUGUUGAUUUUAUUGAAUGGAUAAAAAGCUUGUGGAACUCUGUGAAAUAUGAAAAUUUUAUUUUCAGUUUCAGAAACAGCCUGGUAGCUGAAGCUUACAAUCAAUUAGCAAUGAAAUACUCUCAGUGGGAAUGGAACUUCCGCAAACAGGUUCAUACCUGGCUAAUUAGCACUGAGAACAAGAUCAAGAAUCAGUCAGAAGACAAACUGCAGCCAGAAUCAUGCAGUAUUUUAAAAAAUGAUUUAAUUUCUUUACUGUCCAAAGAAGAGGAAAAUAUGAUAGAUUUGUUAAAAAAAUACUUUGACAGUAAAACUGAUAAUGUUCACCUGGUUGAAAAAUACAGAGAAGAGUUCUCCAGAGGGGUGAAUUUUCUUCAUAAGGAACUAGAAAAUUCUGUAACAGCAAAGAUUGAUGAGAUUAUCAGAAUCCAAAAGGGGAAAUAUCAAAUAAAGAAAAUUGAGGACAGUUAUCAAAGAAUGGUUGAGGAGAAAGUCACUAGUCUCCUAAAACAAGUUAGAGAAAGAAAAAGUCAGCUUGGGGAUGAUGAAAUAGAAAAGGAAUUCGAGAAUAUGUGGGAAAGUACAGUAGCUGAGUUACCAAAGAAUCUUUUACAAAAACGUAAUGUCGGUCAGGAAAUGCUGCUGGACCUCAAACAUGACUUGUCCAACAAAGGGAGCUCUAUAAAGGAGAAAUUGCUCAGCAUAAAAUGUUUAGAUGUAUUUGGAAAAGAUAAAUUCCAGAUCAAAGAUUGCCAUGUUGACAUGAAAUGUAAUUCACAUUAUAAAGAAAUCUUGACCAAAAUAGAACAUCUUGUUUCCUAUCUAAUAGCAAGAUGUUCUGAUUAUGUAAUAAAAAAGGUUAAUACAGGAGGAGAUUAUGAUGGAACUUUUUGUCAAGAAUUACUCAAUAUGAUCAAUGAAAGGCUCAGGGAGAAAGAUGUUAAAAACCUGCACAUUACCCAUGACUUUGACUUGGAUAUAAAGCUGCAUAUCCUGGGGGAUGCAGCUCAGAAGUUCCAGAAGAUGCAUGAGAGUUUCCUCAAGACUGAUCCUAUGUUGUGUCUGGAAAUUCUAAAACCUCAUUAUUUCACAACUUUUAAAAAUCUGUUCCAGGAAAAGGAUGAAACACAAAGUAGAGCCAAACAAUUCUGUGAGCUCUGCCUGAAGCCGGCAAUAACCCACCAGAUUUCUGAGCUUCUGGGGACAGAUAUUGUAGAUGAUAUUCUUUCCAGUAAAAGUUCCAAAGAAUUGAGCACCCGCACUUUCUUUCAAGCACAUUUACUUGAGAAACUACUGGAAGAGCAUGAUUUCUCUGAGUAUGUCACCUACAUUAAGUCUUAUGAGUUAUAUGUAAAAAGAUGGCUAAAGCAAUACAUAUUAAAGGCUUAUGAAAAGGGACUAGAAAAACUGCAAACAAAUAUUCUAUCUGAUAUCUGCAAAAAAAUCAUUACUGUACUUGACAAGUUAAAAUAUUCUUUCACUGCCUCGGAUUUCUUGAAAACAUUUUGUAAGAUGUUAAAAAGUGAAUUAGUAAUUGCCAAGAUGGAGUUGCAGUUGGUCAGCUUUCAAAACAAAGCAGAUGUCAAACAGUUCUCAAAAGACAUUGAGUUUUUUCUCUCAGAAACAGAGAAACAGAUCAGAUCAGAAAUGGAAUCUUCCAGCACAGAAUCAGUACUUGCCAAACUCCCACUGAAACCAGAGGAUGUUCUGUUUAACAGAGUGUUUGGCUGUGGGAAGCAGUGUCCCUUCUGCAUGGUCGCCUGUGAGGCUGGAGGUACUGACCAUAAGGAGCACUUUGCAUCUAUUCAUCGACCUCAGGGUUUGGCAGGUUACCGAAAUAUUUAUAAUAAUAUAUUGGCUACAGAAUUAUGUUCAACUGAUGUUGUUGGUUGUAGGAAAUUUGGUAAUCCAGACACAAAGGGUAAAUAUCACCCUUAUAAAGAAUACCGCACAAUCUACCCAGACUGGGCCAUUCAGCCUGACCCCAGCAUCACAGCCUCAGACUACUGGAAAUAUAUUUUUGCAAAGUUCAAUAAAAAAUUUGCAGAAAAAUAUAAUGCAAAACCAGCUGAUCUGCCUGCAACUUGGCUCCUGAUAACAAAAGAACAGGCUCUGCAAAGCCUAAAAGAAAUAUUUUGUUUGAAAUAACAGAAAUAAAACAGGUUACGAUAUAAUCCUACUUUCUUGUUCAAGUUAACAGCAUUUUUAAGUAAAUAGAAAUAACUCUAUUUAGUAAAUUUACUAAUCCAAAGUGCACUUAGAGGGUAUUUCUUGUAGAUUAUUUUUACUAGGAUAGGGGCUUGUUUGCUGCAUGUUCAAUCAUUUUUCAUACUGGAAAUUCAGUAAAAAUUCAAGUUCCGCUGAGUAUGUAAGAAAUUUUAAUGACUUUCUAUUACUCUUAUACUCUUAUUCCAUGUGCCCAUGUGAUUAUGUUUUAUUUCCUUUUUGUCAAACAACAAAGCUGUCUUGCUUCAUGCCCUCAAGAUUUAAUAAGGUUUGGAUAAAAUUGAGUGAAAAGUUGUUGCCAGAAAUAUGUUUCACUUUAGUCAUCACUUAUGGUCAUUUCCACAGUGUCUGACAUAAUUUCUGAGAUGUUACAAGGGAUAUAAUGCCAUUAUUAAAAUCACUCGGUGUAGCCAUUGAAAAAUAAGAGCUUGAAACUUUAUUGGAGCUUCUGAACAUGAAGAUAGUGUGUUUUUGUUCAUUCAUUUUUUUUACAUUUUUAGUUUUACAAUACAAUGUAUGUAUUUGGCCUGUAAGAGGCCUUCACAGAUUUGUAACCAUUUUUGUUAAAGUGUAACAAAUAAAACAACAUAUUCAUGUUUGCACUA